AUGCCCGGGAUCCCUCAGAUUAACAUCCUGAGUUCCAACUACUCUCGAUACGGGACAUCAAUUUACCAGACUCUUUACAGCAACAGCGAAGAAAGUUGUAGUACCUCUUCAGCCCGUGGCGCAGCGAAUGUGUCAAACAAGGACGGGAAUAGUGGAAAUGAUGGGGGAACUGAUUUUGACAAUACCAAUACCAAAUCCAAACUCAAGCGCAAGUACAAGUCGCUACUGCAGAAUUACGGAGGAAACUCCUCGUCUCGGGCGAAGAAAUUCAUAGGCAAAUUCCACGACCACAGCCCAAGUGACUCGUUUUCGCUCUUUUCACUCCGAAGCUCGUAUUCGAACCGCAAUUUGCCCACGUCGCACUCCAGAACCGCAAUCUCGUCUGCAGGCGCACAGCAUGAAGUUAUAUCUGAGUAUUAUCGUCCUUACGAUGAUAUCAAUAGUCUCCCGGUGGAGAUUUUAGGCGCAGUCAUCGAACAGUUCACGCCAGGUGCGUGUUUCGAAGAUUCCAGAACGCUGGUACGAUGCCUGUAUAUCAACAAGAAAUUCUACGCAGCCACGAAGCCUGAGCUUUACAAGUCCCCCGCAUUUACAUCAACAUAUCGUGUCGCGCAGUUUGUCACUUCAAUUAGGAUACACCCCGAGAAUGGCUUGCACGUACGGCAUUUGAACUUGUCAACGCUAAAAAAUGGCAUUAUAGAAGGACACAGGUGCCACGCAGAGCAUAGGUGUGGUUUUGAACAGGAGCGAAUUUCUGCGCGCAGGAGAACCUCCGCCCGUGACGUGUUGGAGGAGGCUGAUGAAGAUCAAUCAAGCGACACAGAAGCUGGUGGAGCGACUAUAGAGAGGUCUGAAUCACCCAUAGACGAGGAUCUUCCAGAUAUCGCCCUGGCUGGCUGGCGGGACUGGAGAUAUAGGUUUGACCCGCUUUAUGGAAAUCAGAUGUUGAGUUGCCACAACGUGUUGCGGAAAGUGUCGUCAAGGCCCUCUUCCAUUCAUUCAACGGGGACAAACAGCACAAGCACCGCGUCCGGGGGGCGUAGAUCGCAUCGGUCAAACAGUUCUGUGACAUCCUUCACAACCAGCAUUAUAUCCCCAUUUUACAAUUCCCCUUCGCUGUCAUCCCUUAGCCUUAUCCCUUCAUAUGAUAGCAGUAGUGGUAAGAAAUCCGGAAGGUGGUUCAAUAAACUGUUUAGCACGAGGAAAACUCCCAAACAGCAGUACGAAAAGUACGUGGAGACCAAUUUCAAGAAUCGGAAGAACAUCGAUGAAUUGUGCAACGACGCGGUACGGGAUAAUACAAACAGGGCUGCAGUAAAGUUCUCGGUGGAAACGAAUCUCAAAGACCAGCCUUUUCAUGACCGACACCCAAUGACGAACAAAUUUCUUCUGAAAUAUGCCUUGUCGAAAGAUGUCCCUCUUGGCUAUUUGUUCCACGUUGUUAACCACUGUCCAAACAUCAUUACUUUGAACCUGGCCGACCUGAACAUCUCGACAGACUUCAAAUUGCAUGCCAGAACUAGUCAGAAGUGGAAUCAUGCAACAUCUCUAUUACCUGACAUGCAUGCUCCGGUGAGCGAAGACGAUGCCUUGUGGGGUAGAAAUUUGGAGCCUCUGUAUUUCACUGACUCAGCCAAGGGACAUGGAUACUACGCGAAUCCCGGUGGUUUAAUGUCCAAAAAAUUGGAGGACCUGCAUUUCGUGUCGCCGUACGCCAUGGUGGGCGAGUCCUGGAUAUCAUCGCACUAUCCACCACCCAUUGAUGAGCGAACAAAAAUAAGAGGUCAGAGGAGUCGCAGCCAAAAGCAGCACGACUAUACUCUCACAAAAGUCGAGGUCCGUGACUUAUUCCAAUUGAUGUAUGAUAAACUAGGUAGCCUGAGCACGUUGCAUAUGGACAACGUGGUGUGGUGCAACCAGUCCGACGUCAAGGAGUUUGUGUUUUCUUCGCUCGACCGCAAUCCACUGCUGGAGGUUUUUUUCUCACAUGCUGGAAUGGGGCGAAACCUCUCAUGGGCAUCUAGCGGCCAUGUAUGUCAGUUCGUUGCCACUCUAUUACUGGGAGAGGUUUUAGAUCACGACGACUUGUAUGUGGAAGAUCUUUUCAAUGUGCGCACCGAACGCUACAACUGCGACGCCGACCACGACUGCAUGAUACUGGGACGCUCCAAUAGUGUUCGAGUGUGCACUUACAGCCACAAGACCAUCACUUGUAGACUGCAGGUGCGGCGAGGCUCGCAUUUUACACUUGAAACCAGUAUCGACUCCGAUAGCACCGUGUUGUGCGAAUUUUCACUGGGACCCGAGCGCCAGGCGAACGAUGAGGGCCUAGCACGAGUUGAAGAGUUGGCACACCAGCUUGUAGGACGGCUGGAAAGUCUGCGCACGGCAGAACUCCGCCGGCAUAUUGGCGAAAACCAGUACACGAUGCAUUAA